AUGGCCCCAGUUCCGAAAAUCACGAAAAUUUUUGUCUUCGGUUUUGCAGGAAAGGCUCACAGACUCAGUGGAGAGGAGCGAGAUCAGCUCCUGCCUAACCUGAGGGCAGUUGCGUGGAAUGAAUUGGAUGGCAGAGAUGCAAUUUGCAAAGAAUUCCAUUUCAAGGACUUCAACAGGGCUUUUGGAUUCAUGACCAGAGUUGCAUUACAAGCUGAAAAGUUAGAUCCCCAACCUGAAUGGUUUAAUGUCUACAAUAAGGUUCAUAUCACCCUGAGCACUCAUGAAUGUGGAGGUCUUUCCGAGAGGGAUAUUAACCUGGCCAGUUUUAUUGAGCAAGUUGCAGCCACUCUGUCUUAACAAGAGGUGGCAGCACUGCCAUGCAACUAGAUGUCCAAAGGAGGAA